AUGCUCAGCCAGUUGUCCGAGGCCGGACGCCAACUCUCCUACCAGUACUGGCCAGCUGAGCAUUCGGAACGGUAUCAGAACUUCCUGGUGGAGCCAAUGGUGGAGUACAACAUGCCUAGUUUCGUUCUGCGUGAAUUCCGCAUGACUGACAGCCGUGACGGUCAGUCGCGCACCCUGCGACAGUUCCAGUUUUCUGACUGGCGCGAGACCAGUUCCCCCUCGAGGACAGCUGAAGCCCUCAUCGAGCUCAUAGCCCAGGUUCACAAAACGCAGGCCCAGUUCGGACAAGACGGACCUAUCACUGUUCACUGCAGGUGA